CUUAACCCUGGUUGUCUCCUCCUCCUUCGCCCUUUUUAAAGGACGCCUUGCGGGCAGAGCUGUCAGCAAUCUCGCUGCGGAUUGUACUUGGCCGCGGCGGAGCUGACUCCUGCUCCUGUGACAGAUAGGGGCGGGGGCUGAGCGGCCGCCUGUCCCAGGUACUCGCACGUGGGGAACAAAUUCUUUUCUUCCGGCUCCUCUCGGGACCCGGCGAUCGCCACAAGUUGGGACUCUGCGGCGCUGGAGUUGGCAGCCCCGGGCGCGAUGGCUCCCUUGAGGAAUGGGGAGGGAGGUGGCCGGGGGGUUGGCGCGCCCCUCGCGCGGGGAGCGCUAUGAGCCGGGCAAAGGGCGGCAGCGACAGCCCCAGCAACUGCCUCUGCCGGCGCCUCCCGCGGGCCCUAGCCAACUCGCCCCGCGCACCAUGCUGACUCCCGGCCUGCGGAACUCGUAGUGCAGCCCCUGUCGCCUCCCCGGUCCCUGCUAUCCCACGCAGGACUGGCUUCGGCCGCUGGGGCCAGCCGCUUGCGACGUGUCUCUGGGGAGGCGGAAUCGCUGUGCGCCCUGAGCCCGGGCUCAGCCCUUCGCUUUCCAGCUGCGUCCUGCUCCGGGCCGCCCAGGGAGCCCAGUGGCGAUGGGGGCACUGCUGGCGCUUUGCCUUCUCCUCGGCUGGCUGCGCUGGGGCCCGUCGGGCGCCCAGCAGUCAGGAGAGUACUGCCACGGCUGGGUGGACGUGCAGGGCAACUACCACGAGGGCUUCCAGUGCCCAGAGGACUUCGACACGCUAGACGCUACCAUCUGCUGCGGCUCCUGCGCGCUCCGCUACUGUUGCGCGGCGGCCGACGCCCGGCUGGAGCAAGGCGGUUGCACCAACGACCGCAGCGAGCUGGAGCACCCAGGCAUCACCGCGCAGCCUGUCUACGUCCCCUUUCUCAUCGUCGGCUCCAUCUUCAUUGCGUUCAUCAUCCUGGGCUCUGUAGUGGCUAUUUAUUGUUGCACCUGUUUGAGACCCAAGGAGCCCUCGCAGCAGCCAAUCCGCUUCUCACUCCGCAGCUAUCAGACAGAGACCCUACCCAUGAUCCUGACCUCCACCAGCCCCAGGGCACCCUCCCGGCAGUCCAGCACAGCCACGAGCUCCAGCUCCACAGGCGGCUCCAUCCGCAGGUUCUCCUUUGCCAGGGCUGAGCCGAGCUGCCUGGUGCCCUCGCCGCCCCCGCCAUACACCACGAGUCACUCAAUCCACCUGGCUCAGCCAUCUGGUUUCCUGGUGUCACCCCAGUAUUUCGCUUACCCCCUCCAGCAGGAGCCCCCCCUGCCUGGGAAGAGCUGUCCAGACUUCAGUUCCAGUUGACACGCCCAGGCCAUGAAUCCACAAGUCAGUCAAAUGGCAGACAGGUGGAGCCCUGCUGCCAUUGCCACAUGCAAUUCUGAGAAAAUUUCUCUUGUAACUGAUCAGUGUCAUGGAGGAGCAUGCUAGGAAAACACAGCACCUUCUAAUUUGAGAGUUCCUGGCUCCAAUCACAGAACGGCUAAACCAGAGAACUGUUUUCUGGUUUUGCAAACAUGUGAUCAUUACAUUUCAAUUUAUGCUACUUUUAUUCAAAACAUGCAGAAGUUUGACUUUAAAGUUGCAAAUUGGCUGAACAUGUUUUACUGGACAUUCAGCUAUGCUGCUUAGAAAAGGGCCACAUGUUUCUUUUUCAUAUAAGUUGUUCGUUGAGUUAUGAUAGAAAUACAUUCAUAAGGCCGGGCGCGGUGGCUCAAGCCUGUAGUCCCAGCACUUUGGGAGGCCGAGA